CGGGGCGGCGCGGACACGCGGCAGCUCCCUCCGCAGCCCGGCGCCUCCCGAGCCCCCGCCGCGCCGCGCCGGGCAUGGCCGCCCCCCGCCGCCGCGCCCCGCGGUAGCCGCACGACCCCCGCCGCCAUCGCCGAGGUGUUCAUCUCGGUGGGGCCAUGCUGACCAUGCUCAGGAGCUUCUGUCUCCAGCUCAUGUCCUUGGUUUGGAUCCUCUUGGCCCAUCACCAGCUUGCACAAGGUGAUGACUGCAGCGAGCGCUGUAACCUUGCCCACGGCUGCUGUGAUCAGGAUGGCAAGUGCAGGUGCGAUCCAGGCUGGGAGGGCGAGUACUGCGAGGAGUGUGUGCGCAUGCCGGGGUGUCUCCAUGGGACGUGUCACCAGCCCUGGCAGUGCAUCUGCCACAGCGGCUGGGCUGGCAAGUUCUGUGACAAAGACAUACACAUCUGCGAACACCAGUCCCCAUGCCAGAAUGGGGCUCAGUGCAUUUACGAUCGAGAUGGGGAGUAUUCCUGCCUGUGUCCAGAAGGCUUCCAUGGGAAGGACUGUGAGAUGAAGACAGGGCCAUGUGAGAAGGCAGGGUCUCCGUGCAAGAACGGGGGGCAGUGUCAAGACGAGAAUGGCUUCGCCAGCAACUUCACCUGCCGCUGCCUCGCUGGCUUCGUGGGGGCUUUCUGCGAGAACGACGUGGACGACUGCCUAAUGCGUCCCUGUGCCAAUGGUGCCACUUGCCAUGACGGGAUCAACCGCUUUUCUUGCCAGUGCCAGGUGGGCUUUGAGGGGCGUUUCUGCACCAUCAACAUCAACGACUGUGCCAGCCAGCCAUGCAAAAAUGGGGCAAAGUGCUACGACCGCAUCAAUGACUACGACUGCUUGUGUCCUGACCGUUUUACUGGCAAAACCUGCGAGAUCUCCGUCCCAGAGCCCACCUGGGCUCCCCCCUACCACCCUGUGAACCACGAGGACAGCGGGGUCAUGAAAAGCACCACCAGUGAGAUGCCGGGGGUGACUCAGCUGGAGCCUGUCAGGACUGUGGUCACCGGGAGACGUGUGGCCAACCAAAGUGAGAGAGUGCCAGGGGGAGGGUUGUUGAAAAUCUCUGUGAAAGAGGUGGUGACCCAAAGGGACUCAGGGCUCAGCGAAGCCCAGCUGGUGACAGUGUUGGUGUUUGGGAUACUCACUGCGGUGCUGGUCCUUGUCACCAUCCUGUUAGUUCUGAGGAACUGGCAGAGGGUGCGUCAGAGGUCAAACUGGUGCCAAAGCCCUUCACAGGCUGCAAGGAAGCUCCAAGACCAGGAGUGUCAGGUGGGCAUGUUAAACACAGUCCUGAUCGAGCCCAGAAAAACAACAGAGCUGUGAGGACUCUCAGAGCCAGGCCCUGGCAGGUCAUCGUGCUGGCGAACCCCUCGAACUGCACCCUGGGGAGCUGUUCUGGUGCAAACUGGGCAGCAGGGAAGGGCUCCCAGGGCAGCAAAUGCAUCAGCGAAACCCCACGGUGUUGAGCAUGGUGCGAUGGCCCUGCCUGGGUCUGAGCCACCUCCCCCCGGCCAGCACAGCCAGCGCCCAUGGGAAUCCAAAGGCAGGGCUGCAUUGGGCCAGCCCCUGCAGAGGAGCAGCAACAUGCUGGUUGUGGCAGCCCAGGCCAUGCAGCGCUGGUAUCACCCAAUGCACGCUAUUGUGAGCUCUCAGAAAUGGGACUGGUAGCAAUGGAGAAGGUGACAGCCUUCUUGCAAGCCCAAAUUCUGCCAGGCCCUUUUAAUUUGUCUCCGUGACUACUGGAAGCAGCUUUGCCCUGUUGUUUUUGCUGGUGAUGGGGUGUUUCUUCGGGGCCUUUGGGAUCAUUAUGUCUGCAUGGGCCUCCCUGCCCCAGUACUUGAUGGGAUAUCUCCCAGCUGUUUCUGGAGGCUGUCAUCUGUGCAGUUUGGACGCCACGUCCCUAAGGAGUGAGUGAACACCCUCGUUCCGUGGCCUUGUGAGCCAGUUUGAAGAGACUCUGGUGAUCAGUCAAGACCCUCUCAUGCCCUUUUUCUGCCUGUGUGAUGCUCUCUUCUCUUGCUGUUAGAUUUGGGGUUACAAACACAUUCUGUACCUUCCUCCUGAUGAUAUACAUGUCUUCUCCCCCCACUUACCAAACCGUCCUGUCUGGUCUGGCUGCAAAUGACAAAGCUCCUUCCCCACUCCAGCAUGCACUUCCACUUCACCAUUUGCUGAUGUGGGGGUGCAGGGCCCAUUCCCCUCUGGGGUCCUGAGGACUUGAGCUGGUCCUUCUCACAUGCCCUCACAGGUGAAACUGGAGAUGGACAAGGCUGGAGAUGUGCUGGGGGCUGGUUCAGGAGCAACACAGGAUCCAGAGCCUCAUUUCCCUUCCCAGUCACUCCAAGGCAUGCUGCUAGGACUAACCUCAAAUCAGCCAUCGUAGCAUUUCUCCAUACAAGCAGAGGCUAAGCUCCCUGCAGUGGAUGCGAGGAUGGGCUACAGAGCCGGGAUGACCUUGGGAAGUAGAAAGCGUGGCUUUCCAAAAGCAUUACCAAAGCAUGGCUUAGAGGCAGUAGAUGACCAGAUCACCCUUUAUACUAGGUCAGCUCCCACUUGUUCUGGUCCAGUGUGCGGCAGAGUCUCCCUGCCAGGGCCAGGAUUUUCCAUGCCUUCCCCUGGGCAUGGAGGGCUAAGCAGUGGAUCUCUUAAAAAAAAGGAAAGAAAAAGAAAGAAAGAAAAAAAGAAAAACCCCAACUACUGGUCUGCAGGGUUGCUGUGCAGGAUUCAAGAUGGUGUGCAAAGAGACUGGGCAGAGGAAUUAGCACCCAGCCAGGAGGAAGACCUGGGAGAGAGGAUUGGGGCUUCAUCAGAAAGAUUAUUUUUUUAAUACAUGGAUGGAUGAUGUACCUUUAUCAAAUAAAACAAAUACAAGCCCAGAACAA